UAGAUCUUCUGUACUUUCCUCAGUCAGAUCUGAGACUCAGAGAAGAAACAAUGUUCAGGCUCCUGAUUCUGUUCAUCGUCCAGUCUGCGAUCCUGAACACAGCCAAUGGAGAUCACCUGUCAGUUCCACGUUGGUGUUACUGGAAUAAAGAUGAUCUCAGUGAUAUGGAGUUCAUAGAGUCUUACAUCAUGAACAAGAUUAAAUACGCUGAGUUUAACAGCACUCUGGGGAAGGUUGUGGGAUACACUGAGACUGGUGUCAGAAACGCAGAGGUAUGGAACAAAGACACUGCAGAUCUACAAGCACGAAAAGCCCAGGUGGAAACUGUCUGUAAACCUAAUGUUGGGAAUUACUACAGCGCUGUUCUGAGUAAAACAGUUGAGCCUCAGGUUAAAGUGAAGUUGGUGAAGAAAUCAGACGGCUCUCAUCCUGCCAUGUUGAUGUGCAGCGCUUACAACUUCUACCCUCCACUCAUCAAAGUGACCUGGCUGAGGAACGGUAAGGAGGUUAAAGGAGGUCAGACGUCCACUGAGGAGAUGGCUGAUGGAGACUGGUACUAUCAGAUCCACUCACACCUGGAGUACACACCUGAGUCUGGAGAGGAGAUCUCCUGUGUGGUGGAACACGCCAGCUUCAAAAAACCCAUGAGCUAUAAAUGGGAUCCGUCCAUGUCUGAACCUGAUAAGAGUAAGAUUGCUAUCGGAGCGUCAGGUCUGGUUCUGGGGGUCGUGCUUUCAGCUGCUGGAUUCAUCUACUACAGGAAGAAAUCCUCAGGACGGAUCCUGGUCCCGACAUAAACACAGGUCUUCAGGAGGAGGAACACUGGAGUGUUUACUGGAACCUCAUCAGAUAAACACCUGCUUUAUUCCUAACAGUGAGAUCUUACUGAGACAUUAAUGUGUUCUUCUGUUUGUUAUCACUUACUUUUAGCUUUUAACAUUUUAAUAAAACUCGUGUUAAAUAUUUUGAUUUUAAUCUUUAUAAAAAUUAUUCAGUAGAAAAUAAACAAACUGAGUUUAGACACAUCCAGAUUUCUGAACAUGUAGAAAUGAAGGUUUUAAAAUGAACCUGAAACUUUUCAUUAUUAAAUCUUUAGCGCCCCCUACAGUCUGUUUAACUCUGACUCACUUCUACAGGUUUAGUGACUGUUUAUUAUCAGUUUAUACUAACACUCAUCUGUACUUUUCUGUUUCUGAUCAUCAGUCACUUCAGUUUCAUUUGAAUUGUUUUUGAUUCUGUUCGUUUGCUGAAUCUUUAAAACUGAAUUAAAUAAAUCUGAUUACAUGAAAAACUUUCAA